CAAACUUAAUCAGAAAACAAAAACUCAUUCAGCAAACUUAAUCCGAAAGCAUAUACGAUUAAGAUGGCUGGUCCAGUUAGCGGUGAAGUUGAGGUGAAUGUGCCUGCAAGCAAGGCGUGGAAGCUCUAUAAUUCUCUGGACCUAAUCAAGAUCACGAAAAAAGGACUCGAUCACAUUGUUGAUAAAAUUGAAGCUGAAGGUGAUGGUUCUGUUGGUACCACACUCCACUUCACCUUUCAUCCAGGGGCAUUUCCGUUUCCUUCCUACAAGGAGAAAUUCACGAAGAUUGACGACGAGAAAAUGGAGAAAGUAGUCGAGGUCGUGGAAGGAGGGUUUCUCGAGAUGGGAUUCAAAUGGUACCUCGUGAGGAUGAAUGUCAUUGCGAAAGAUGAAAAAAGUUGCAUUACUAGAAACACGAUCGAGUAUGAACUUAAUGAAGAUGCUGAUCCGAAGCUUGCUUCCGUUGUUUCGAUUGACCCACUGAUGGCUAUGAUGAACAUUGCUGCCAAUCAUUUGGUGUCCGGAGUUGAGGCCUGAAAACUCUGUUGCUUGCAUGAUGAUAAUCUAAAUAAGUAAUGUAUUUUUCCUAUAAUUCAGUGUUUCGUCGGAGAACUGCUAGCGCACUCAUUUUCACCCAGAAUAAAAUAAGUAACUUUGUUUCAUGCCAAAUAAGUGGUAUUUUAUAGAUCAUGGUAUAUGUAUAAGAAAAUAUAUAUUUCCUUC